AUGAAGGCAGAUACCGCGGACGAGCUCAGCCGCAUCCAUCAAGCCGUCGUCACCAUCGUGAACUCCCAGGAGAGCAUCGGCAGGCCGAUCAAAUCAAACGGUAUGGAUCUCCUCAACCAUUUGAUCGUCGAGCUCUUCGACCCGCAGACCCGCCUCGAGUGGGAAUCCUCGACCAGCGAUUCCGUUGAUCCACCCGCUCACGAAACACUCACUCACUUCAUCACUCGGCGCAUCUUGACACUGAACGCGGUGAAGCCACGGGCGAACUCAAAACCGGCAUAG